AACUGUGGCUGUGUCUUAACUGGCCUGCAAGACACUUCCUGUGCUAUUUUGAGUAUAUCCACAUACCGUACAAUAACGAUGUUCUUUAUUCACCUCCUAGAGUAAAUCAUGUCUUCUAUGGUCACGAAUCUAGAGGAAAUCGGAAACCAUCUAGUUAGAUUUUAGCUCUCAGCGCAAUGGCGGAGAUAAUGAUAUCACACACUACGGUUUUUACCGUGUAUACCUUAGGAACCUCUUAUGAAGCAGUCGACGUAUUUACCAAGCCGCCAGGGUCGACACAGUUUCGGUUUGUAACCGAAUUUUGGAAUUCCUUUACCAGUAGUUCUACUACUUCCUCUUCAACUGAGUCUUCUACGUCCACAACCCGGAGUUCGAAUACGCCUUCGAGCACGUCCUCGAGUACGUCUUCGAGUCGAGCAUCGCCAUCACCCAUACAGACUACGCAGUCAGUCGAUUUAGAUAAUAAGGCUGGCCUUUCCACCGGAGCUGUAGCUGGAAUUGCCAUCGCGUGCGCUCUCGCGGGGUUGAUACUGGGCGUUCUAGCCGGGGCCCUCUUCUUUCGGCGGCGAAAGCGGCAAAGGUCUGGUAAUAGGUCGCGGGGAGACGAAUAUGACUGUCAGGAGAAGCCUUUGCGGAGUCUUAUAUCGUCAACAGAUAGACUGCAGCUGGACCAAUUCCUCUUAGAUCCAACGCCAGAUGCUGAAAUAUGGACGGAGCUUCGUUCGUUGAGCGAGUUGCUUCAGCAACAUGUUGAAAAUAAUUAUCAUAAUCUAUCGGUCUCUCCUAAUAUAGAAAUGCUGUCUGCGGAGCUGGCCCGUCUGGGAAUAGGACAGAGCGGUACUUUAUCAGCAGGGAAACUUGUUUCUUUGGCAGUGAGCCCGAGAACUCGAUAUAGCGCUAUUCAGCACAUUAUUGCCAGUGUCACCUUCGCCAGCGUCACUCUGGACAGGACUUCGCCUUUAUCUCUACUCCCAGAGCCGUUGUCGGCGUUCACCUCCUCAAUACCAGCUACUGAGAGUUUUAGGGGAAACCCAGAAGCGGUCGAUGUCGCAUUCACUCGAUGGCGGCAGUUAUCUGUCUUCCUACUUAACCCGAGUAGGAGUGAAAGGACACCGUUAGUCCCAUCUGAAGAUGUUAGCACUCGCCAAGCGCAACGGCUUGCCGAGACCCUAAAUGCCUUCCUCGAGCCUUUCGUGGCAGGUGAUCGCGAUGAUAGGUACGAACAAGAGAAUCACCUACGGGAGGUGAUUGUAGAAUGCGCAACUUUUGGCUAUUUAUUAUUAUCACAGCCAUCAGAGUAUCAAUUCCGCUUCGAUGAUGGUGGAAACUCGAAUCAGAUAACUGUUUUCCCUGGGGUAGACAGGAUCAGUGACGAAGAUGGCCAUAGAAAUCCUUCACUAGCUCAAACAAUUGCCAGGCCUAGAAUCGAAAGCGUAUAAGUUAAGCGAGAGGUUACGUACUGUCCAAGGCAUACAGUACUAAUGAAACUGGCCUCACCUGGGUUACCUAUUAUUUUCUCAGCUAUGCAGAGUCUAUUAAUUAGGUUC